UUUCACUUCCUGUAGCCAACAUGGCAGUCGGCAAGAAUAAGAGGCUGACCAAAGGCGGCAAAAAGGGUGCCAAAAAGAAGAUUGUGGACCCUUUCUCCAAGAAGGACUGGUACGAUGUCAAGGCACCAGCCAUGUUCAACAUCCGCAAUAUUGGCAAGGCCUUGGUCACCAGGACUCAGGGAACCAGAAUCGCUUCAGACGGUCUGAAGGGUCGCGUGUUCGAGGUGAGCCUCGCUGACCUCCAGAAUGACGAGGUUGCUUUCCGCAAAUUCAAGUUGAUCACGGAGGACAUCCAGGGCAAGAACUCCGCGGAGAAGAGAGGAGAGGAGAGGUGUAACCUUUCACUGGGAAAACACCAGAGAAAACACAAGCUGAGAAACUUGCACUUCCAUCAAUCAUCGCUGACAGAGACCGAUAGACGCAAUGAUGUGCCUUUCAUGCGGCGGACUGAGAUUGCGCCGUACGUCUGA